AUGCCUGGCUGCUUUAAAAAGACAUUAUUUGCUUUGGCUUCUCUAAUAAGUUUUGUGUCUUUUAUCUUGAUUGUUGUUGCAAUGGGGAUUCCAAAGUGGAUGACUGGGAAGAUCCUUUGCAAAACAGGGGCUGAUUUAGUCAAUGCCACAGAUCCAGAGCUGGUCAAGUUCAUUGGAGAAAUUUACUACGGACUCUUUCGAGGCGGCAAAAUACGCCAAUGUGGCUUGGGCGGGCGGCGUUCCAAAUUCACAAUUUUCCCACACAUGGUGAAAAAGUUGAAUACAGGUCUCCAUGUGAUGAUCAUAAUGUUCCUCUGUGUGGCCAUUUUCUUUUCUCUGGUCAGUUUUGGAUUCUGCAUUCUUAACGCAAUAAAAGUUCCUUACCGGGCUAUUAACGGUCCAGCAGGAGCAUGCCUUUGGAACUUCCUUGCAGGUGGAUUUGUAGUACUUGGAGUCACCAGCUUCAUGGCUGCUGUGAAACUUCAUAACCUCACAGAAAGGAUUGCCAAUUUUCAGGAAAAUGUCUUUCGGUUCAUUAUCUUAGAAGAACGCUUUGAAGACUGUUUUUGGAUUUGUGUGGCAAGUGCCACAGCACAUGCAGUGAAUUUGCUGCUAAUAGCCAUUAGUGGGAUUCAUUUCCCUAAAAUUAAGACUAAAACAGAAGAAGUGAAUGUUACAGCAGAAGAUAUCAUGUACUAA